ACAAAACUGCAGACAGCCUGGGGCAGGACCAUGGGAAGAGGGCGAUUCAAUUGACUGAGUUAUUUUUGAAUACUUUCCAAAGACGCAGAGGAACUAAAAGAGACACAACCGUCCUGGAUAUACUUCUGUAAGUGAUGUUGAACAUUUCAGGUUGGGUUUACAGCACACGUUGAGCUGCAACUGUGUUGUUUUUGCACUUUUUUUUGCAAAGUAGUUUCCUGUUUGUUGACUUUGGAUAUCAGGGAAUGGAAAGAUUGCUCGCUCGUGAUGUGUGCUCUUUUAAGUCCAACGCUCUUUGAAAUGACUACAUUUAAAGGUCUGGUUGUUAAAUAUGAAAGUUAAUGCUGACAACCUGGGAUGACUGCAGUUUCACCGUCUCUCGUGGAAAAGGACUGGGACCCACGCUCCGGGCAACAAAGAAAACCCCUCAACAACUGGCGAAGUUAUUUAGUAACAUACAAGCGGAGCUAGCAUGUAAAACACCGUGGAAUAGCCAAGCUGGAGGAAAUGAGCAACGCGCCACAAUGGGAAGGAAAUUAUAAAUGAGUGGUUUGGCGAACAAAGGAGGACACACACACUCGCACUCCGUCUCACACCUCUGUCGGACUGAAAACCGCCGAGCAAAAGGGAUAGAAAGCCUUGCGAGAAAUGGAGGAGGAAGGUUCAGUUGAACCGAGCAAGAUACUGGUCUCCUUUUUAUAACAAAGCCCCUCGCGACCAGCCACUUAUCCGCCCUGUUUACGACCAGAAUCUUAUUUUGCAUCCAUUGCCAAUGCUGCGGGGCUUUUCCUAGUCGUGUGUGUGAGAGAGAAAAUGAGGGUGGAUCUGCAGUUGUUUGUGAUUUUGCUGCUGGGUUGUGGCGGUGUCUCGUCGCAACCAUCUGACUGUAAAUCGUAUGAUGAACGGUCGAAAAGUGCUGGGAAGAGCUCGUCCACCGACAGGAAGGUGGUGUGUAGCAACAUGGAGCUCCAUCAGGUGUUACCCCCGGACUCCUUCCCCAACAGAACAGUCACACUAAUUUUAAACAACAACAAGAUUCAAGAACUCAGAAAUGGAUCCUUCUUUGGAUUGUCUGCAUUGGAGAAAUUAGACCUGCGGAGCAACAUAAUCAGCCAUGUUGAACCAGGUGCUUUUCUUGGAUUGCCAGCAUUGAAACGACUAGACUUGUCCAACAACAGCAUUGGCUGUUUGAACAUGGAUAUCUUCAAGGGCCUCACCAGUCUGAUAAGAUUAAACCUUUCUGGGAACAUGUUCUCCUCUUUGGCUCAGGGAACCUUUGACAGCUUGGUGUCUCUGAAAGCGCUCGAGUUUCAGACUCCUUACCUGCUGUGCGACUGCAACCUUGCGUGGCUGUUGCGUUGGAUCAAAGAGAGGAACAUCGCCGUCAAGAACACCAAGUGCUCUUACCCGCAGUCUCUUCAGAGUCAGCCGAUUACCUCCAUCAGACCAGAGCUCCUUACCUGUGACGCUCCACUUGAGCUACCCUCCUUCCAGCUGACUCCGUCCCAGCGACAGGUUGUCUUUCAGGGGGACAGCCUGCCGUUCCAGUGUCAGGCUUCCUUUGUGGCCGAGGACAUGCAGGUGCUGUGGUACCAGGAUGGCCGCAUGGUCAUGCCCGACGCCGCCCAGGGCAUUUUCAUCGAAAAACGCAUGGUGCAGAACUGCUCUUUGAUUGCCAGUGCGUUGACCAUCUCAAACAUCCAGCCUGGGUUUACUGGGAACUGGGAAUGCCGCAUCUGGACAAGCAGAGGCAACACCACCAGGACAGUUCAUAUAGUGGUGCUGGAGAGUUCUACCAAGUACUGCACUCCUGAACGCACUUCUAACAACAAAGGAGAGUUCAGGUGGCCCCGCACCCUGGCAGGGUUCAAAGCCUACCUUCCCUGCAACAGGCUGCCAGCAAGCGCAGGCACCUACUCGGGCAGCUCGGUUGAAGAGCAGCAGGCGUGGCGCUACUGUGAUCGCGAGGGACUGUGGGCGGAGGACGACUACUCUCGCUGCCAGUUUCAGAAAGAUGUCACCAGAUUUCUCUACGUCAUCAACCAGAUGCCUUUGAACGAAAGCAACGUGGUUCCCAGGGCCCGACGUCUUUUGGUCUACACCAUCGAUGCCGCCAACUUCUCAGACAAGAUGGACAUCAUCUUUGUAGCUGAGAUGAUUGAGAAAUUUGGCAAGUUUGUUGAGAAGUUUAAAGAUUUAGGCGAGGUGAUGGUGAGCAUGGCCAGUAACUUGAUGCUGACCGACGAGAGGGUGCUGUGGAUGGCUCAGCGUGAAGCCAUGGCCUGCUCUCGCAUCAUCGCCUGCCUCCAGAGGAUUGCCGUCUUCCGCCUGGCAGCAGCACAAGCCUUCUCUCUGACGUCCCCCAACAUAGCACUGGAGGCCCACACUGUUCGGGCCAACGACUGGAAUGGAAUGAGCUGCAUGUUGUUCCAGCGGCUCAGCCCUGAACGGACGCCCAACCAGGACCGCCAGCUCACAUUUAAAUGCAACACCACCAGCUCAUUCUCCAGCAUACUUCACAAGAGCACUGUUGUUGAGGCUUCCCUGCAGCUUCCUCAGUCUCUCUUUGCCCAGGCUGCACUCCCUGGGCAGACCGAAGACCCAGUCUUUAAGCUCCACCUAUUGGCCUUCCGGAAUGGCAAAUUUUUUCCCUCGACUGGCAACUCUUCCCAGUUGGCAGACGGGGGGAAAAGGAGGAGUGUAGCUACACCUGUCAUCAUGGCUAAGAUAGAUGGCAUGUCCCUACAUGUCCUGCGGACUCCUGUCAACAUCACCCUGCGGCGGUUUGCCCGUGGCUCAGAUCCUGUGUCUGCCUGCUGGAACUUCAGCCUGGCGGGAGGACAGGGAGGAUGGCAGAGUGAUGGCUGCCGCAUCCUGGGCCAUCAUGACAAUUUCACCACCAUAUCCUGCAAUUCCCUCGGCAACUAUGGCCUGCUCAUGGACCUCAGCAAUGUGGAGUAUUUGGCUCCAACUAUCCAGCCCCUACAUCCUGUCAUCUACGCCACCAGCAUUAUACUGCUCCUCUGUCUGCUCACCAUCAUUGUGAGCUACAUCUAUCAUCACAGGUCUGUCCGUGUGAGCCGCAAGUUUUGGCACAUGUUGGUCAACCUCUGUUUCCACAUCUCUCUCACGUGUGGGGUCUUUGUUGGUGGCAUCAAUCAGACCCGCUACGCCAGUGUCUGCCAAGCAGUGGGAAUCUUGCUGCACUAUUCAACUUUGGCCACAGCUCUGUGGGUUGGCGUGACUGCACGCAACAUCUACAAGCAGGUGACUCGAAAGGCCAAGCGCUAUGAAGAGCUGGAUGAGCCCCCGCCACCCCCACGGCCUAUGCUGAGGUUCUACUUAAUCGGCGGAGGGAUACCCAUCAUCGUCUGUGGGAUCACUGCAGCAGCCAACAUCAGAAACUACGGAAGUCGGACCAAUGCGCCAUACUGCUGGAUGGCAUGGGAGCCUAGCAUCGGGGCUUUUUAUGGCCCGGUAGGAUUCAUCAUUUUCGUCGACUGCAUGUACUUCCUCAGCAUCUUGCUCCAGUUGCGGCGUCACCCUGAGCGCCGUUACGAGCUCAAGGAGCCGAACGAAGAGCACCAGCACCUGGCUCCAGCCAACACUGAGGUCGGGCCCGAUGGGCCACACAGUCCCUGCCAUCCCCUCACCCUCCAACUCCACCCUCACGAUGCUGCGUCCUCCAUGAUGUCCACUCCCCACACCGUGCAUCUGUCUGCCCUGGAGAAUGAGCACACCUUUUCUGCCCAGCUGAUGGGUGCUGCAGGGGCAUUAGGGCUGUAUGCAGCCCUCUGGGUGUUUGGAGCCAUGGCUGUCUCACAGGACCACCCCUAUGACUUGGCUUUUACCUGCUUGUUUGGGGUGGCUGCUCUGGCACUGGGGGCAUUCAUGGUGGCGCAUCACUGCGUCAACAGACAGGAUAUGCGACGCUAUUGGUCCCAGGCUUGUUGCUCUGGGAGGCGAGCCUACUCCGCACAGGAGGACGUCCUUCUGUCUCAGCCAGAUGUGGCGAUGACAUCCACAGCGGGGUCUGCUAAUAAGGCAGACGGGGAGUCAACUAAGUGUGGCCACAGCAGCGCAGACUCUUCCUACACGAAUAAAAGCGCACCCAGCAUGCGCAACUCCAACCAUGGCAGCAAGCUGACCAAUCUGCAUGCAGAGGCGGCACAGUGCAAGUCCGCCUCAGCACCGGUGAUGGCUAAUGGUACAGCCAUUUUGGACAACAGCCUGACUGAGCACUCGCUAGACAAUGAAAUUAAAAUGCACGUAGCACCAGUCGAGGUGCAGUUCCGCCCAAUGAACAACGUCAACAAUCCCACAGCUGCCACCAACGGACACACAGGCAGACAUCACAAAAACAGAGCACGAACACACAGAGCAAGUCGCCUGACCGUGUUGCGAGAGUACGCAUAUGAUGUGCCGACCAGCGUGGAAGGCAGCGUGCAGAGUGCCUCUCACAGGCGGCACCAUCACUACGAUGUUGCAGCGCGCAUUAGCCGCCGAGCGGCCUACAUGGCCUACAGGGAGCGGCAUCAGAGCCAGCUGCAACAUGACAGCAGUGACAGUGCAAGCCUGCCGCGACGUUCCCGCUACUCAGAGAAAGGGGGUGUCAGCAGCAUUGUGGGGAAUGGGACGCUGGUGACCAUAGAGACUGAGCGCGUUGCCACUGUGGCCACGUCAAGCUCAAGUAAAGACUCUGGUGCCAUGAAGCAGCCGGGCAGCACAGAAUUAGAAAGCGAGCCCAAGUCGUAUGGACUUAACCUCGUCACACAAAAUGGCGUCACGCUGAAAGAAAAUGGGCAAGCCUUGCCUUUAAUAAACACAGAAAGUGCAGCCGCUGUAAAGACUGGAUUGUGGAAACAUGAAACUACUGUGUAGUGAUGUUUUCACAGGUUUCUCCACUUUAAAACUGUGAAAUGUUCUUUUUUCGAUUGUACAUUUCUCUCUUGAAAAGUAAUUAUUGGAAAAAUAUCUAGCCAUGUUUUCGCCACUGUCUUUGUAGAUACGUUUUUGUAAAUGAUUUAUUUUUGUAACGUUUAAUCAAACCCUCUUAUUCUGUUUUGAAUCCUGUAAAAAAAAGUUUGCGGUCUGAGAUGUGGCCCUGGAUAUAUACCUGUGGGCUUCUUUUUUCCAGCGUGUCCCAACAAUAAUAAAACAAAAGUUCUUAAA